UUUCAGGUGACAAGAUGAAACUGCUGUUCACAACUGUGUCUCUUCUAAAUUGUCUUACAGCAGUAUUUGGAAAAAGUGAAAAGACAUAUACAUUCGGACAAGACUGUUCUGUGUCCCUUAAACAUAUAAACGAAGACAAAUCAAUAACAAUUGUAUACAAUGGACUACAUGAUAUAGACAGUUGGUGUAAUUACAUGUCUUUUGUCGGAAGAGAUGAUGGAUAUCUGAAUGAAUAUGAGAUCUGUAUAACACCGGAAGUGUACGAGGACCCUGAUUGUGCAGUUGAGUUAUCUUACAGGGAGAGUUAUGAUGGUUCAUCAUUAGAGACGUAUACAUGUUUUGACAAACCAACGACGAAAUAUUGUGGAGAACAAGAUGAAUAUAUGUACAUCUAUCUACAACCCGAAAGUUCAAGAAAUCUGCAGAAUGUUCAAGUGAAACUGACAGUUGAAGCUGUAAUGACAUACAAUUACUAUACAACCAUCGGAAUAAUAAUAGGUAGCGUUGUUGGUGGUAUUUUGGUAAUAUGUGUCGUUAUUGGAGUAAUAUUGUGUAUUGCCUGUAAAGGAAAAAGAUCACCUGGACAGGUCAUGAACCGAGGUACUGGAGUAAGGAUGGGACAAUUUCAGUCACCUACUGCAUCACAACCAGCAGGAAACUAUGCUCAACCACUAACAGGAAGCUAUCCCACUCAACAAACAGGAAGUCAACCUACACAACAAACCGGAAAUGGUCAUACUCCAUCAGCGCAUGCGUUUGCUGGCUACACAUAUAAUGCUCCUCCGCCAGCAUACAAUACAGUUUCAAAAAUGUAAACCGAUAUAAAAAUAUCUUUUUAUUUGGAGUGUGAAAUCCAUUUUGUAUUCUUUAAAUGAAAUGACUAUCUCAUCUGUGAUAGUGAUUAUGUUCAUUUUGAUUUAACAAAAAAAUGAUUGUCGGAUUACAUUUGAUCUCGACGAAAUACGCCAUGUUCAAUGUUGUGACCUUUCUUGUUAUUUGUGACUAAGUGUACAAAAGACAUAUGGUCACGGUAAUAUCUUGGUCACUAACAGAAUCAAAAUGUAAAACGUUGGAACAUUUCAGUGUUAAAGAGUCUAUAUAAUACACUUCUAAGGAUUCUUUUUCAUAUAAAUCUAGGUCAAAUUGCAUUGUUAUUGAAAUACUUGAUAGAAUAGUAUUUAUGAAACAUAGUUUAUGUUUACAUUAUUUAUAAUAGGUAUCUUUUUGUUUAUUCAGGAGUUAUGUAAAAGCAAAUUUAAUCUGAAAGUGAUUUUGCGAUUCGAUCUUCUAAA